GGCAAGAGCGCGCAGAGACUUCAGCACCGGAGCCAGUGGACAGCGACACACAGCCAAACUUAACCAAUCCAAACCAAUCCAAACUAAAAGACAUCAUGGUUCUCAUCUGGACUCAGUUUGGCGUGAAGAACAAGAAUGUCAAUGUCAAGUGCAAAGUGCGAGUCAUGCACAGGGGGGACAGCUCAGGAUCAUCAUCAUCAGCGGAAGGCACCAAGUCUGAGCAGGACACACCCUGCCUGUCCAUCAAACCCACGGGCAAGGACUUCUACAAGAUCCUGGGCGCCACCCCUGAAUCCAAUGACGACGAGAUCAGGAAGGCGUACAGGAAGAUGGCCCUCAGGUUCCACCCAGACAAGAACAGCGAGGCUGACGCAGAGGACAGGUUCAAAGAGAUCGCAGAGGCCUACGAGAUCCUGACUGACCCCAAGAAGAGGAGCAUAUAUGACCAGUUUGGAGAAGAAGGUCUUAAAAACGGAAUGUCAGUGUCCAUGGCAGGCCAAACCAACGUUUUCCGUAGUAAUUUCCACGGCGAUUCCCACGCCAACUUCCACGGAUCAGAAUCCUUCGACAUCUUCUUCAGCAAAGACUUGGACGGCGAAGACGACCUCUUCAACCCGUUCAGGCGGUUCCCCUUCAGCCACGUCGGUGGCUUCGAGGGCGGCCUGCGCAGGGGCCAGCGGCGCCUGCAGGGCGACGCGGUGGUGCACGACCUGCAGGUGACCCUGGACGACGUGAUGCAAGGCUGCACGAAGCACGUGAAGAUCACCCGCCACCGCCUCAACCCAGACGGCCGCAGCUUGCGGUCCGAGGACAAGGUGCUAAACGUGGUGGUGAAGAAGGGCUGGAAGGCGGGGACCAAGAUCACCUUCCCCAGGGAGGGGGACGAGACGCCAAACAACACACCUGCCGACAUCACCUUCAUCCUCAGGGACAAGGAGCACCCGCAGUACAAGAGGGAGGGCUCCAACAUCGUCUACACGGCCAAGAUCACACUCAAAGAGGCUCUCUGCGGCUGCACAGUCAACGUCCCCACGCUCGACAAGCGGAUGAUGCCUCUGCCGUGCAGCGAUGUCAUCAAACCCGGUGCCAUCCGGCGGCUGAGGGGCGAGGGUCUCCCCAUGCCCAAGAGCCCGUCCCAGCGCGGCGACCUGCUGGUGGAGUUCCAGGUGCUCUUCCCCGACCGGAUCCCGCCGCAGUCCCGCGAGAUCAUCAAGCACAGCCUGGCCCAGUGCUAG